AAAAAAAGAGCGAAGCUGAGAAAGGCGGGAACGGAUAAGAUAACAAAACACUCCCCGACGAAGCCGCGAAAAAUGGCCGCCGCCGCCUUCCUUCCCCCGACCCCGACCACUCGUCCCCGCCUCGCCGCCGCAGCCCGCCGCCCGCCGCCCAUAUUCGCCGGCGCUACCAGCGCCGCGCCGCAGCUGGAGGAGGAGGGCGCCGGCGACGAAGCCGCCCGCCGCGGCGGCGGCGGCAAGGACCGGCGCCGCGCGGUGCGCAUCGCGUGGGAGAAGCUCGUUCGGUGGUCCCGCUCCUGGCGCCGCCGCAACCGCAGCGACGUCCUCGAGACCACGCGCAAGGUGGUGGUCCUCGGAGGGGGCUCGUUCGGGACGGCCAUGGCGGCGCACGUGGCGGCCAAGAAGUCUGACCUCGAGGUUGCGAUGCUGCUCCGGGACGAGGCCGUCUGCCGAUCCAUCAACCACAGCCAUGUCAAUUGCAAGUACUUACCAGAACACAGAUUGCCGGAAAAUAUUGUUGCAACAACUAGUCCUACUGAUGCUUUAGCGGGAGCUGAUUUCUGCUUCCAUGCUGUUCCGGUUCAGUUCAGUUCAUCCUUUCUUGAAAGUAUUUCAACACAUGUUGAUCCAAAGUUGCCAUUCAUAUCACUUAGCAAAGGGCUGGAACUCAACACCCUUCGGACAAUGUCUAAAAUCAUCCCACGAGCACUGGGAAAUCCCCGCCAACCAUUUAUUGUUCUGUCAGGACCAUCUUUUGCAGUAGAACUAAUGAACCAAUUGCCUACAGCAAUGGUGGUGGCCUCCAAAGACAAAAAGUUGGCAAGUUCUGUUCAGCAGCUUUUAGCUUCUCCAAAUUUGAGGAUAAGCACAUCAAGUGAUGUUACAGGAGUAGAAAUUGCAGGCGCACUAAAGAAUGUUCUUGCAAUAGCAGCCGGUAUAGUGGAAGGUAUGCAUCUUGGGAAUAAUUGUAUGGCCGCCCUUGUUGCUCAAGGUUGUUCAGAAAUACGGUGGUUGGCUACAAAGAUGGGAGCGAAGCCAACUACUCUUGCUGGUUUGUCUGGGUCAGGUGACAUCAUGCUUACAUGUUUUGUCAAUCUUUCACGGAAUAGAAAUGUGGGACUACGUCUUGGUUCAGGCGAAAAACUUGAUAAAAUUAUGAGUUCUAUGAAUCAGGUUGCUGAAGGUGUAUCAACUGCUGGGGCUGUCAUUGCAUUGGCUCAGAAGUACAAUGUCAAAAUGCCAGUCCUAACAGCAGUAGCACGGAUAAUCGAUAAUGAAUUAACUCCGAAGAAGGCAGUUAUGGAGUUGAUGAAUCUUCCUCAGGUUGAGGAAGUCUAACAAGGAUACGAACGGAGUUAUGAUUUGUUCUUUUUAUCUUGAAGUGUAGUUUGGGGCCACCAUAUGAAAAUAUGCAUAAGAGCACUAUAGUUUAAUAACAUUUUCUGCUGGGCAGGUUGUUUUCACUUCAGUGUUGCUCUUUUGCAAGUUCCAAAUUUUGGUAGCUUUUUAUCGAUCUUUCUUGUACACCGGCAAAAGCUUUCUAAAAAAAGAUGGUUGGAAGCGUUGGCAUUAACUGAUGGAGAUGGGUAGUAUCUGGUAUUCAUUGAAGGAGAUGAACACUAUGACAUGCAUUUUACUUGUAAUGUUACAAGUGAUCCAACGACAAUACUCACGCUUGAUGA